AUGAGUGGCGUCCAAGUCGGGCUGGAGGUCGCCUUCUACCUCUACCCCUGCGGUCUUUUCGUGACUUUGGCUCUGUCGCAGCUCGCACGCCAUCAGCGCUACAAUGCCCGAAGCUCCCCGGACGUGGAUGAGAAACGCGCCGAGCAGGUGAAUCGAGUACACAACAGAAUCAUUCGCGUUGCGCAGGCAUUACUGUUGCCGCUAUUGCUAGUCAGCGUAGUGCUUGUCACUGCCCAGGCAAUUGCCGAGGAGCAGGCUUACCCACCAGUCAACUUUCCGUACACUGCCUACAUUGCUUCCUAUCUUGGUGUACUGCUCUACUUUCUUGGUGGCCUGUUGCCAGAUCCAGAUGGCCCUUGGACGCCAACCGUUGCUCAUGCCAUCGCUUGGGCGGCUGGCAUUAUCCUCGAGGCCGUCAUUGCUGCUGUUCUGUUCUCACAGCAAGAACGGAUUCAUGUCAGCUCGAGGCUUCUGGAUAACCUCUUUUCAUUGAGUCUUGCGCGACUUGUGCUGCUGCUGUUCAUGGUUGCUGUAUUGGCUCGACGCCAAUGGGCAUUGAAGAAACCGAAGCAUGCCGGCUCGUCAUCUGAGCACGAAUCGCUUCUCGAGAAUGGAGAGCCUGCCAAUGGCUACGGCAGCACACCUGCAAACGGAGCCAAAGCCCCGCCAAAGAAACCUGAUGCACAGAAGAGUGGAUGGCUCGAUUACAUCUCCGGCUUCCGUGUUCUGUUCCCCUACCUCUGGCCCAAGGACUCGCGUCUGCACCAAGCCGUUGUGGUUCUAUGUAUCAUCUUGCUGAUCGCUCAGCGCGUUAUAAACCUCUUGGUCCCCCGUCAGAUGGGAGUCCUCGUCUCAGAGCUUGGAUAUGGUCGCAUGCCUUACAAGGACAUUGCACUGUACGUGAUUUUCCGCGGUUUGCAGGGUGGUCAAGGUGCCAUUGGUGCUGCACGUGCUGUCUUAUGGAUACCAGUUUCUCAGAAUCUAUACCGUCGACUUGCCUGUGCCGCCUUUGAGCAUGUUCUUGGAUUGUCCAUGGACUUUCAUCUGAGCAAGAAAAUUGGUGAGGUGACCAGCGCGCUCAGCCGUGGCAGUGCGAUGAAUACCUUUUUGGAGAGCUUCCUUUUCCAAGUCUUUCCAAUGAUCUUCGAUAUUCUCAUUGCGGCCGUGUACUUUUUCUUCAAGUACAAUGCAUUCUACACUCUGAUCGUUCUCACCAUCAUGUGGUCAUAUGUCUUUUUGACUAUUUACAUGGCCAAAUUCCGCGCCAGGCAGAGGAGAGACAUGACUACCAAGAGUCGAGAAAUGGAUGCUGCAAGAACUGAUGCCAUCAUGGCUUAUGAAACGGUACAGCACAAUUGCGCCGUCAAGUCAGAAACGGGGCGUUUCAAGGAACAAGUAACGAUAUACCAAAGGGCUGAGCGAAUUGUGUACUACUCGCUCAAUGCCCUGAACCUGACUCAGAGCUCUAUUUUCACGCUUGGCACGGCCCUCAUUGUUGUUCUUUCGGCCUACAAGAUUUCUACUGGACAGGAGACUGUGCCGGGCUUCGUUGAGCUGAUGGCAUACUUUGCACAAUUGCAGGCUCCACUGAACUUUUUCGGCACUUACUAUACCAUGUUGCAGAAUACGCUAAUAGAGUCUGAGCGGAUGCUCGAUCUGUUCAAGGAGACGUCUGGCAUCGUCGAAAAGCCAGAUGCGGUAGCUCUCAAAGACCCGAAAGGCGAAGUCAAGUUUAAUGAUGUUCGCUUCUCUUACCAGGGCAAGGAGCCAGCCAUUGAUGGGGUCAGUUUUACCGUGCAGCCCGGCACCAAGACCGCCAUUGUGGGCGAGUCUGGUUCUGGCAAGUCGACGUGCUUGAAACUUCUGUUCCGAUUCUAUGAUGUCGCUGGUGGAUCGGUUACAGUUGAUGGCCAUGACAUUCGGGAUCUCAAGCUUGAUAGCUUCCGAAAGUACAUCGGCGUCGUGCCUCAGGAUACGGUGCUAUUCAACGCUAGCAUCAUGUUCAACCUGCUCUACGCCAAUCCAUCAGCAUCUGAGGAGCAAGUCUUCAAUGCUGCACGAGCAGCCAAUAUCCACGAUCGUAUUCUGGCAUUCCCCGAUGGAUACGAAACCAAAGUGGGUGAAAGAGGCUUGAAGCUCUCUGGUGGUGAACGUCAAAGAAUUGCCAUCGCCAGGGCCAUUCUGAAGGAUGCCCCGAUUCUUCUGUUGGAUGAGGCCACUGCGUCCCUCGAUACUCAUACAGAACGCCAGAUCCAGGAUGCUUUGGAGAGAGUGACGUCCGGCCGAACCACCAUCACAAUAGCGCAUCGCCUCUCGACCAUCACCAACUCGGAUCAGAUCGUAGUGCUCUCUAAAGGCAAAGUCGUGGAGCGGGGUACCCACUCGGAGCUCUUGAAGAAGCAGGGUGCUUACUUUGCCAUGUGGGAAAAACAAACGACUGCGGAACAGAAAGCCAAGAAGGAGGCUGAAGCUGAAGAAAAGGAGUGA